CGCAGUCCGCGUGCACGUGCCCGUGGCUCCAGUGAUUCAGCAGCUCGCGCGGCGGCGGCGGCGGCAUCAGGAGCGGCUGUCGGUCGGUCGUGCUCGGUGCUCCGGACGCGUGCGGCCUCAGACGGACGCGGGCUUCUCUCCUCGCGGUUCUCACGGUUGAGGCGGGCUCGCGGGGAAACGCGACGGCCCGCGCGGGCGGUGUUCCGUGACCCGGAGGCCGCGUGCUGGAGUUUCACCAGGCCGGUGCGGUGCGGCGGAGCGGCGCGGGAGCGGCACCGCCGCGUCCUGCUCUGCGGCUCUCCUGCGGGGUUCGGCGUCCUCCCUCCGCCUCCGGCUGCCGUGGGGUUCGGGGACCGCGGCCGAUAGACGCCUCCCCGGCCGGGUCUCCGUCUCUGCCUCCUCUGCGCACACAUUUCCGCAUCGGGACGCGUCUGAUGCUCGGUGAGAGCAGAGCGGCAGCUCCUCCUCCUCAGUGUCUCCAUGGUGAAGUGGGCGGGGUCUGAUGUCAGCUUCUCCCGUCAUCGACCCUCCCGCCAUGCCCACCAUGGUCUCUCGGCUGCCGAAGUUCGGCUCGCGGCCCAAACCUCAGACGCAUCCAGCUGCAUCCGCGGUCAACGCCGCCGGCAGCACACGCCUCACCAACGGGUUCUACCAUCACCCCGGACCGACGGGGGGCAACGGCGCCUCCCCGUCCACCCCGAAACAGAACGGAUUUAUCCGAACUCCGAGCUCUUUCUCCAGUCGGUGGAAGGAAGAUGGAGGGAAGGGCGGGAACGUCGUGCAGACUCGCAGUGGCGUCCAUCAGUAUUACUCGCAGCGGCCGCAGGGUUCGCCGCUGAUGUCACAGCGAGACGCCAAAAAGACUGCCUUCAAUGGAAAGGGGCGUGUCAAUGGCCAGCCCGCCAUGUCUCCGGCUGCGUCGCCACAGGCGAGUCCCAGAACUCUUCCUCUUUCUAAAAGUGGGUCCAAGCUGGGCUCACCCGGACCACCCGGCGGCGCCAGACAAAGUCCUGGCGUCUCCCGGUCCAAACCUCGCUGCAGCUCGCUGAGACAGCCUCAGACUGUCAGUGGCCCGCGGCCCGGUUCUGGUCCAGGAUCUCGGUCCGGCUCCCCGCUCAACAAGAAGCCGCCAGCCGGGCGCUCCUACUCCAGCGACAGCCUCGGCUCCGCCCCCUCCAGCCAGCUGAGCGAGAAUGACCGCCUCCGCUCGCGCAGCCUCACCCAGGUCCGCCGCCAGCCCUCCCCCACCCUCAGCUCCUCCUCCUCCUCCCUCCCCCGCUACAUUGCGGCUGAACGGGGCUCGCCACCAGAGGGAGGAGCUCGAGGUGGCGGAGGGGUCAAGCCUGGCUCCGGCCGGUACGGCGCCCCCGCCAUCCUGCCCCCAACCGCCUUAAAGAAGCCCCUCCUCCCCAGCCUUAGCCCCACCUCCAAACCAAGCGGCAUCAGCUACAAACUGUCCCGUCCGUCACUCAUGAAGCAGCCCCGCCCCCUCAGGGCGGCGCCCACUGAAGCGUGCGGAGGCGUGAGGCGAAGGGACUCCAUCGAGACGCCGUCGACCGCGGAGAACAGCCCAGUAGAAACCUCUCCGGAGUCAGAGGAGCCGUCGCCAGAGCUCGUAUCGCAGGGACAGGUGUCGAUUGUUGGGGAGACGCUAGAGGACAUGUCCCUGUCCUCUACGUCCUCUCUGGACCGAAACGACACCAGCCAGGAGUACAUGGACGACUUCGACAACUUUGGAAGCGGGGGAGUUGGCCUCCUGCUGCUCUCGGACAAAAACGACGAGGACGACUCGGGACUCGACCAGUCGUGUACCAGGUUCGACGACGACAGAGUGUCCGUCAACGGCGUUACCAAGACAACCAGGCUGUGUUUCCUGGACGACGGUGCCGACUGGACGAGCCGGACGCUCCCCGGGGAGCGUGUCGAACAUCGAACAUUGAGCCGCCGCAGGAGGAGCAGCCAACCUGAAUACCACGACCAGGGCGGCUCCUCCCUCGACCUCUCCCCCUCUGACAGCUGUGGCUCUGCGGGGACCUACCUGUGGGACGAGGAGGGCCUGGAGCCUCUGGGGGGCGCCACCAACACCACCGCCACCACCGCCUCCAUCCACACCAACAACGACACCACCCACCACAUCGGGAGCUUCGACUCAGACCUCAACAGCAUAGACCUCCUCAAUCAUCUGGACUCGUGCGAUCUGGCCGAUGACGACCUCAUGCUGGAUGUGGAUUUCCCCGAAGACGCGUCUCUGCACAGCGAAGUUGAGGGGCUGUCCCAUAUGGCGCAGUGGAGGAAGCGGCAGCUCUGCUGGGGGACGCAGGACGUCCACGACAACGAUGAUUUCCACAGUCUGACCUCUGACCCCGGAAAUAAGAGGAGUGAAGAAACCGACCUCAUCCUGGAACUCAGGUCCGUGGGUCUGACUCCUGCUGCUCCGGGUCUGGGUGUGGACGUGGAGGAGCUGGCUGAGGACUGUUCGGCUGUCAGGUCACAGCUGGAGUACCUGCAGAGGUUACUGCUGCAGGAGGAGGAUGCAGACGAUGACACUCUGACCACAGACACUCUGAGUCCCGACACCAACGACUCGUCUCACAGCUCCACCUCACAGGUGGAGGCUCUCCUGCAGGAGGUGCAGCAGCUCAGAGAGGAGCUGAGGAGUCGAGAUCGAACCAUCGCUCAGCUCACCGUGCAGCUGACUGUUCCCACGGUGACCACCAGAUGCUGUUGCCAGGCGACAGCAGGACGGACGGACCAGUGCACACAGACGAAUGUGAGGCAGAGAGAGAGCGUGGCCUCACAGACACCGUGGAAGGAGCACACGUCACAGGUACUUCACUCCCCUCAUCCGGAACCACUGACACAUCAAGCCCCGCCCCCACCGCCAUCCCAGGCCCCGCCUUCAGCUGAGGGCCUUCUUCACCGCGUCUCAAGAGAGGAUGCUGGGAAACGGCCCAGGUCCCUGCUGCCCUCCAAGCUCCGCCUCUUCUCAUCUCACACGUCUGGCCCCGCCUCCUCGUCUCCUCCUCCUCAGAGGACGUCCAGGCAGCCGGACAGCCGGCUCAAAGCCCCCAGCUCCGCCUUUCAUGUCCCGCCUCCCCAAACCAAAGAGCCAAUAAGACGACAGCCGUCUGACUCCGCCUUCCUAACACACAGCGACUCUGCCGCGAACUUCCCCGUAACGCUAACGUGCCCGUCGUCUCUUAAACUUUAAACUACUGAAGCUGAAAUGUGCACAGUUAACUUAUUUAUUGAUGUGAGUUUGAGCACUGUGUCUUAUUUAUUUAAAUAUUCAGUCAUUGGUGCAACAGGUACGAAAUGUUAAAGCGCUUGUUUUCUCAGAGCUGUGAGGUGUUGUGGAGCAAGAAUGAUAAUCAGUGUUUUAUGAUUUAAAAUAAUUUAUCUUCAUCAGCGGGGAUCAUUUCAGCACGACCGUUCAAGUUUGGUUUAUCUGAAAAUUUACCUGAGAAUGACCAUAUUUAUAGAGAAGCUCCUUAUAACGACACAUUAGCCUGAAGAAGCUAAUACGUUGUUGGAUAUAUUGAAUAUUUCUAAUUAUUAAGAAAUAAAAUGACAAAAGGACAACAAAAAAAAUACAACAAUAACCGGAAGGAAGAGAGAAUAAAAUCAUCCCAACCACAUGAAAACUAGUAAAGCAGAAUACAGAGUUUUUAUGUUGAUGGUAAAAUCGUAAAAUUUGAUCAGUUUCCAUCAUCGCUAAACUGUUUAUCCUAAAGAAAGCAGAGGUAGAAAAUGAGGGGGGAAAAAAAUGUAUUAAAGACCACAACUCUGAGCAGCUCUGAUUUUUUUCUUCAGUUUACCUGAAGAGGAGAUUAAAAAAAUGAAAACUUCCUGUGCAGUUUUUAAUGUUUUAUUCGCACCGGCUGCACUUUAAACGGAGGGAAACGUGGAUUUGUGCUCGUAAACUCGCGUCCAGCUGACUGAAACUCUCGCUGUGUGUCAGGAAGUGACGUCUCCUUCCCGCCACUCCGGUGAGUCUUCUUCACCUCCUCCUCCUCCUCAUCUCACUGUCUCGUCUUAAGUUUGUUUCUGUUUUUGAUGUGACUGAGGAGAAGAUCGUGGCCUCUUCCGUUGACUCGUCUGAGUUCGGUUUUUCCUGCUGCCCGGACGUCAGAUUGGAGCUUUUAGGACUUCUUCCUCAGAUGCCUCCCAGGUUGCUGCAAGUUUGGACUGAAGUGGCGUUUUUACAGUUCCGACACGACAAAGAUGUGGAACGAUGUUCUCAAACAUGACCACAGAAUAGACGCAAGAAACACAAAGACACGGACGACGACUGCAGAGACACAGACGCUGUCAAUAUGAAUCACAGAGGCUGGAAAAACGAUCGCCAACAUGGCAAAUAAAGCACUUAAAAGAGAAAAAGCAAACAUGGAAAAAGGGUUCACAAGUUGUGAAAACUUGGAAAACAUUACACUCUUUGAACAUAAAGAUUAAUUUAAAAAAAUAAGAAGCAUUGACAGCAAUUAAUGAAAAAAAUUCACAUUUCCUUGAAAAACCGGAGACAAAAAAACAACAAAGAGUCAUAAAUUACCCGAAAGUCUUCAGUGAUACACAAAAAUCCAAAAAUUGAUGACAAACUAGCCAUGAAGGUAGAGAACUGACUAUAAAACAGAUGAAAAAUGACUAAACAAUCUGGAAAAUUUACACGACAAAAACCUGACCACGCUGACCUUACAGUCCAUUCAAUCUAGAAUAUUAAAAAGACUGGAUUCCUCAAGAUCCAUAAAGCAGGAACACUGAAGCUUUGGCUCCUCUGUGGACUCCGGGGCGUUCAGACAGGAUCAGAGUGUUCUGAAUACAGCGGCAGGUCAUCUGGUCUUCUAAUGCACCUUUACUGGACCGGUCAGGCACCUGAACGCCUCGUCUGAAGCGUACCUUCCUGACGUCCAGCAGCUUCGCUCAGGCCCCAGUGGACUGAAACAUGGCGGCUCUGAGACUUUUUCUGUGGAAACAAACCGACAUUUCAUCUCCUCUGAACUCUGGACGCCACAUUUGACCCCGAGUCGACCUGCUGUCCCCGACGGCCCGCUUGCUUUGACACUAGUACCAGUAAUAUAUGCAAUAAGGUAUGCAACACAUGAGGCAGGUUCCAGUCCGAUGAGGCUGCCCACGUGCUUUUUGAGCAAACGCUGCAGGUGAAAAUAUAUGCAAAAAAGCAGCUCAGCAGAGGGACGUUAACGAAUCGCCAGGGAAGGCGCAGACGUGGAGAUAAAACACAACGUCGUCCGCAUAAAGCAAAACAACAGCAGCAGUCAAAUGCUUUCAGGUUCCAGCCCCUGAAGGGAAAUGUGCAGAUUCUUUUAAAAUGCUGGGGUUCGGAAUUAAUUUAAAAAAAAUUUCAAGUUCUCUGGCAUUUUUCACCAAUCUGCCGAUUGGUGUUUUUUCAAGGUACUGCAACAUGGAGGCAUCAGGAGGAGGAGGAGGAGGUGAGGAAGAUCGGAGGCUCUCAGCUUUAAUUGAGGGGGUUCGGACCUCCUCCUGCUCUCCUUCUCUUGUCUCUAAACUGCAUCUUUUUUUUCCCUGAAACAGUGGACUCCUCAGAGCAACAGCAGGUACUGCUCAGGUGUUACCGAGAAAGCUGGUUGCCAUGACGAUACAGCCCGGCAGCCAUGGCAACAGCAUGGCGGGGAUUUACAGGGAAGAGGAGCUCUGAGAGCAUCAUCUGCACUGUUUCCUCUGCAAAAUCUGAAUUUAUUAGUCCCCCAUUUUUCAGUCACUUUUCUCAUCUGAGAGCCGCAGCCACUUUACAGACGAGUCUCCAUACAGAAAAUUAGCGUCUUAUCCAUAAUUUCUACCUUUUUAAAAGUAGCUUUCCGCUUUGAAUUUACUCUUUCCAAAAAUAGCACUCAUGUUUAAUUUAGUACUUGUUUUUUAUACUUAUUGAAACAUUCUCACCAUGAUUAGAAGUUUAAAUUUCCUUCCUGUGAGUGGAUCAAAUUACAUUUGGCUGAUUGAGAUUUUAAUUUAAGGCUUUUUUGACAUCUUGUCAAAAUGCUAUAAUAUUUUUUCCAAAAGUUUUUCCUUUUCUGUGGUGUUAAUUAAUUUCCUCCAGAAUAAAUGACUCAAUGUUUGAUUAAAAAUGGCAAUUUUACUGCAGUGAAAUAGUUUGUUGCUGGUUAAUCUCACAGAAUUUUGAAGGAUUAUUUCUUGUGGAGUUUCUGUCAGACUGAUGUGAAGAAACAUCUGUGCUCAGACUAAUGACGCUUUAUCUGCCAUCAAUGUGUAGAAACCUGAAGUUUCUGCCCUUUUAAUGAGUCUAAUGAGCAGAUUCCUCCGCAGAGGGGAAACGGUGAGCGGGGUUGUUUUCCGAGCUGAUUAACGGCAUCUUACUGGAAGCUUAUGUCGGCUUUACCAGGUGAAGAUUCUCACCCCGAAAACAAACCGUGAGGACGAAGCCAGCGGCUCAAAGCCAGAUUAGGCCCGAAGGUCGUUUCAUCUCCACCAAGAGACUCGUUUAUGGAGAAAAGCCACGUUUAAUCUGCCUCCCAGCAGCCGUCCGGACCGUCAAAACAGCGAGCGGGCGUCCAAACAGACCCGGACCUCCAGACGCAACGCAGGGCGAUUAUUUAAGAGGAAACUUCCCAAAAACAAGUUAUAUUUAACCUGGAACAAACUGUUACAUAAACAAACGCAGUAGCAGCAUGUUGGUUUUUCAGAUCUGGCUCGCUCUCACUGAACCUCUCCUCCUGCUGUUUUUUUUAUUGGCACAACUGUUCUCAUGCUGCCACUCUUCGGUGGAGUCUCGAAAACAGCUCAUUUCUUUCCACUUUAUUCUAUCAUUUAAAUCACACUUGUGAGCAAAUGUUUCAUUCUGGAGUGGAGAGUAACACGUAAAACGACGCCUCACGACUGCUCCCAAAAGCAGCCAAUGUUUUCAACAGCUUAAAGAUCUCAGAAAUUUUUAAUAUCAACAGUUCAUUCUUCUACAUUUGUGUUUUAUUUAUAUUUGCAUUAUUGCAGAUGAUACAGGCAUUAUAAGCUUCUGUAGAUCAGAAACAUAAGAUAUGAUCCUAAAGGGAUACUUCAACAUUUUGGCAAAUUGGCCCAUUUAGCGCAAUUCCUUAGUCGUUUGGAACAGCAUACUUACUUUUUUUGUGAGGGCGAGCUGUUGUUUAUUCAGAAGUGAGU